AGUUCUUUCGUAUUCUAGUAGUUCAUUUGCUGACUCUUGGGCACAAAAAUAAUAACAUUCUUUUAGCUUUGGUUUUGUUAAUUUUUGUGAUAAUUGGGGGAAAUGGAAAAUGUGUGCCGAACGUGUCUACGAGUGCCUGACAAUUUAACACCACUUUAUUCAAACCAGGGAUUAAUAGAAAAAAUUGAGGCAAUUUCAUCCAUUCAAAUCAUUAGAGGCAAAGAGUAUCCUUCAAGUAUUUGCCAAGAAUGCGUAUUAAACGUUAACACCCUGUACAAUUUUCGCAAAGUGAUAAUUAACAGCGAUAGAGAACUCAAAGAAAGGAGCUUAUUUAAUGAACGUUUAAAGCCCGCCAGACGAAAUUCGGAAACGGCAAUCAAAACCGAAGAGCUUAAACCAAAACUGAACGAAACAGUCCAGUCUGAAAAUGAAUCCGUUUGUUCUUUUGAUGAAUUAAACCCCAACAAUGUUAAAGAAACGGUUAAAGGAGCUAUCGCUGUGAUGAAAAUGUGUAAAUGUAACGUGUGUGAUAAAACAUUUCCUUCAAGAUUUAAGUUAUAUAACCACAAACGCACCGAGCAUGUGGCUCCUGGUGUUUGUAACGUCUGUGGCAUGAUUGUGAGGUCUGAUAAUCUGAAACGCCACGUCCAACUGCACCUGGAAACACCAGUUGAGUGCAAACACUGUGGCAAAGUGUUCAAAAAUUCGGAAUCAUUACGAGGACACAUGCUAAUCCAUCGAGGAAUCAUUUACACUUGCGAGAUUUGCGAAAAAACUUUCAAAGUCAAAGCGGAAUAUAAAAGACACCUGAAGACACACAUAGACCCAGAAAUUGGUAAAGUUAUGUGCACAAUAUGUGGAAAAAGAGUCAGAGACAUGAAAAAACACAUGCACAGCCACACGGGUGAACGGCCUUAUAUGUGUGUUUAUUGCUGCAAGGGCUUCACGAGCACUUACUCGCUCAAAGUCCACACCAGGCAACAUACUAAUGAAAAACCCUACGUUUGUGAGCACUGUCCAAUGGCCUUCCCCCAAAAAGUCUCACUAGUGACUCACAUUAAAUCAAAACACGGUGUAACGUAAAUAAAAUAAAACGCUAUAUACUUAGAAACAA